AUGAGCUUGGAAAGGAAGUUUGCAGGCUCUCCUGAGUUCAAGGCUGCAUACGACGCCGUUAUCCAUGAAAACCUGGAGAAAGGCUAUCUGUCACCCGCGCCACUCGUUGACUCUGGCAACCGCUAUCCCGUGUACGUCAUUCCACACCACGGUGUAAUCCGCGCUGAUAAAACCACUACUAAACUCCGCAUGGUUCUUGACGCAAGUCAUAAAUCAAGUUCAAGGCUUUCGCUGAAUGAUAUUCUCCAUAGUGGUCCUAACUUGCAAGGGUUUGUUUUGGACUACGGUCCAGCCCAUACCACGCGCUCCGUGUUAUUCAGCAAC